CGAGGUGACGUAGGCUGGCUAACCUGAAGCGGAGUUCACAUAAGACGACGUCAGUUGACCUUGUGCUGGAGCCCUGUCUGCAAACAGACCGUCGUCCCGGGAAAACAUGAGCAGUCUCCCCGCCAUGCCGCAGUUAGCCGUGCCUCAGAUGCCCGCGCUACCCAGCUCGGGUUUCAGGCUAUCCAAAGAGCAUUUUUUGGUGGCCGUGCCAGUCGCAGUGGUCGCAGCUGUUGGAGGCUUCCUGGUCAGCCACUACCUGAGUGGACGGAGCUGUAAAAAGAGCCAGGUGAACACGUGCAUCAGCAAAGACAGUCCCAAAGUGGUCCACAGCUUCGACAUGGAGGACAUCGGCACCAAGGCUGUGUACUGCCGCUGCUGGAAGUCAAAGAAGUUCCCUUACUGCGACGGAGCCCACACCAAACACAACGAGGAGACCGGGGACAACGUCGGGCCUCUCAUCAUCAAAAAGAAGGAUACUUAAAUCAACCAAUCACAGAACUCCAUCUUGCCUCGACUUCUCCUUCGCCUACCCCCUCUCAGUUUGUCCACGUGUUUACGAUAAUCAUUAACGCUGUCUAAUUGAUAAAUGCUAAUAAACUGUGACACUCAAAACAAAGGAUACAAAGAAAAUGUUUUUAUAUCUGUUAUUCCACCGGUUCCCGCAUUGGAUGGCAUUGAAAACCAAAGGUCAUUUGAGGAGAGAUAAGGAAGGGACUUUGACAAUCAACAGUCAAACAGCAAGGUGUUUUUUGCCUGCACAGUUGUAAUUUGAUGGAUUUAACAUUCUGAAUUUGGGUCAAAAUUCUCCCCACACGAUAGAAGUGAAAUACUUCGCCGUGUGGGCAUCAUCUCCUCCCGUUUGGUUUCACCUGUACCCCCCCCCGUCCUCUCCUCGAUGUGGAGCAGGUGGUUGAUACAUAAUGAGCUGGCAGUGCGUAGCCUCAGUCAGACCAGUGUUUGAUUGGAAUUCGUCACAGGCCUUAUAAUCUACAUCCCAGAGUCUGAACACGCAUAACUAAUGUGAAUGUUACUUGAUUUUUGCACAAAUACAGGAAACCACUAAGUUUCUGUUUGCUCUGCUCUUGUCAGAGGAGGCAGAAGUUUAGUUUGUAUGACAUAAUCAUUUUUAGUCUUGGGAGCUGUUGAAACACUAUCGACUGUACGCACUUAUUGUCUGCUUUCAGGGGGAGCUGUUGUAUUUAAUCUGUAAAGUGUAAACCUCUGCUUAUAAAGGAUAUAUUUAGCUUUUUCAUGAGAUUAAUUUUCUACUGGCUGUGGUGUGUCUGACUUGUUGUCCUGUAUUUUGUGAAUAAAACUUGAUUAACAAUGUGA